UCAAAAUUGUCCUCCAUAUUGGAUGAGGUUGGACGAGGCUCACCAACUAUGCACUUGAAUGACUUCUACAAACAUGAAUUGUCGGAGGACAUCUUUUAUGUGCUUAUUUGUUUCUGCCAUAUUUUUAAUAAUCGUGUACUUGACAAUUUUCAAUCAUGGACCCCCAGAAAAAAUUCUCUCUGCUAACUCAAGGACAAAUGAGUAUCUAGACCGCGUGUUAGCCGGAGAUGGGGAUGAAGAGGUCCUAAGAUCGGCACGGGCUUGGGAUUCUUUCAUCAAGGCCAAUCAUUUCGUUUCUAUUGGUGAUAUCUACGACAGUUGUGAUGAAGACGGUAGAAAAUGGCUAGGUAAAACUGUCAUUCUACCAGAUAAAAGGAGAGGCGGAGUAACAUCUAAAACAUUUUUAAAUGUAACAUUUGAAAAAACGUUAGACGACGGUGAAUUUUUCUUGAGUGUUAGUUAUGGCGGGAAAGAUCUGUAUGAGAAUAAGUGGAAGUUUUGUGAAAUGGAAGAGGAGGAAGAUGACGAGGAACGGUGGAUUUUCUGUCCGUAUAAACCCGGAAGUUACUCCUGGGUCAUAGACCGGAAAAUACCUAAUUAUCUCCCAAAGGGUACCUAUAAAGCCACAGCGAGAUUAACAGAUGAAAAUGAAGAAGUACUUAUGUGUGGAUUCGGGGAAUUUGUUUUGUAGAUCUGAACAGUGUAAUUAGUUUAACUAUUUGUGUUGUUGCACUAAUAUGUUAACAAAACAUGCUGAUGUAAACGGUGCCUAGAUAGCGCAAUAUUCAAUGUAUCUGUAUAUAUAUUGAGAUAAAUAGUGACGUAAUUUAUUUGUUGACCGAAAUAUUUGAAUGUAAAAUUAGUACAUUCACAGUGUUAUUGACACGAGAGAGAGAGAGAGAGGGAGAGAGAGAGAUUUGGAAGAAGCAGGGCGGAUCUUGCAGGGAUGUAAGUCCCUCCUCUAACCCCACCCCCACACACAAGAGAUCAGAAUAGAAAUAGACAAGGUUAAAACCCUAGGAAAAGUGGACCCCUCUAAAGUCGUGAAGACAAAUAAUACAUGUAGGUAGGGAUUUGUGAUUUGUCACUGUUAUACAGUGACAACGAAGAAAUAUUACAAUACUUAAAUUAUAAUUAUAAAGGUACUUUAAUGAAACAAAUGCUGUACAUGUUUCUGGACCUGUUUGUAAGAAUAUUUAGACUGAAUGUUCAGAAUUUGAUAGUUUCAUUAUAUUAAAAGGUAACUUUUAUCUAUAUCUCGAAUGAAUGUGACCUGUCAUUGACGCAACCUUGUUUGCAAGGACAAUAGCCCGAAUCUGAUAAAUGCAAGAUUACAGCUUACUGUAUCAAUUUGUAUCAAUUUCCCUUUGUGAACUAUGUAAAAGUCAGAGCUGGAAAUAAAACGUUGAAAAAUA